AUUUGCGUGGAGCCGGCCGGGCUCGCGCGUCGCGUACAUACACACACGCACAGAGUCCGUCCGGCUCGUGCCUCUUCUUGGGCGAUUGCGCUCGGGGCUGUUCUCAGUGCGGGCGGCCCGGGCGCAGCAUUCCUCCUUCCCGCGGGCUCCCCCCGCCCACUGGCUCGCUCGGGACCGCAGCGCCCCGGCCCCUCCCGCCCGGAGCGCGCGCCGCCUCCUCGUGCCGGACAAUAGCAGUGCCGAGUGUGUCUCACCCAAAGCGGACCCCCGGGCACCAGCGCCCGCCUCCAUGAGCGGCGCCCGGACGGCCCGGCUGCGGGGCUAACAGCGGCAGCGGCUCCCUCCAGCAGCAGCAGCAGCAGCAGAGACAGCGGGAGGCAGCGGCCGCGCUGCGGGGCUCGGCCCGGGACUCGCCGCCUCCUUCCUUGACAGCACUCAGCUGCCGGCCCCGCUUCCCCGCCCCCCUGCGGCGGCUGCGGCUCAAGGACCCCUGCGGGCUCCGGGGAGGAAUCAGCCCGCCCAGACGCGACUCUUGGGGCGGCGGGGGAGGAGCCCGGUACCCGUCCAGACCCGGGGGCGGGGGGUGAGGCGGAGCCGGGCCCCUCUGUGUUUUAAUUGCUGGUUUUAUCCCUUCUGGCACAUUUGCCGCCCCGCCCCCGUCGCGCUGCGGCGAUUCCCGGUGCAGGCAGGUGCGGCGGCCGGUGCCCUGGCGCUGCUCGGAGCGCAGAGGCUCUUCAAUGGAAGUAUGUUACCAGCUGCCGGUGCUGCCCCUGGACAGGCCGGUCCCGCAGCAUGUCCUCAGCCGCAGAGGGGCCAUCAGUUUCAGCUCCAGCUCCGCGCUCUUCGGUUGCCCCAACCCCAGGCAACUCUCUCAGAGACGUGGAGCAAUUUCCUAUGACAGCUCUGAUCAAACUGCAUUGUACAUUCGUAUGCUAGGAGAUGUGCGAGUAAGAAGUCGGGCAGGAUUUGAAACAGAAAGAAGAGGUUCUCAUCCAUACAUUGAUUUCCGUAUUUUUCACUCAAAUUCUGAAAUUGAAGUGUCUGUGUCUGCAAGGAAUAUCCGAAGAUUACUUAGUUUCCAGCGGUACUUGAGAUCGUCUCGUUUCUUCCGUGGUAUUACUGUUCCAAAUUCCUCAAACAUUUUAGAUGAUGAUUAUAAUGGACAAGCAAAGUGUAUGCUGGAGAAAGUUGGAAAAUGGAAUUUUGAUAUGUUUCUUUUUGAUAGGCUAACAAAUGGAAACAGUCUAGUCAGCUUAACCUUCCACCUGUUUAAUCUUCAUGGACUGAUAGAACACUUCCACUUAGAUACGAUGAAACUUCGUAGAUUUUUAGUUAUGGUUCAAGAAGAUUAUCAUAGUCAAAACCCUUAUCAUAAUGCAGUUCAUGCUGCUGAUGUGACUCAGGCCAUGCACUGUUAUUUAAAAGAACCUAAGCUUUCCAAGUCUCUCACUCCAUGGGAUGUUCUGCUCAGUUUAAUUGCAGCUGCCACACAUGAUUUGGAUCAUCCAGGUGUUAAUCAGCCUUUCCUUAUUAAAACAAACCAUUACUUAGCAACUUUAUAUAAGAAUAUCUCAGUAUUAGAAAACCACCACUGGAGAUCAGCAGUAGGGUUGUUGAGAGAGUCUGGUUUAUUUGCACAUAUGUCAUUAGAAAACAGGCAGCUGAUGGAAAGCCAGAUAGGUGCUCUCAUUCUUGCUACAGACAUAAGUCGGCAAAAUGAAUACCUGUCCCUGUUUAGAACCCAUUUGGACAGAGGAGACCUAUGUUUAGAGGAGGCAAGCCAUCGCCACUUCAUUUUACAGAUGGCUUUGAAGUGUGCUGAUAUUUGUAAUCCAUGCCGGACCUGGGAACUGAGCAAGCAGUGGAGUGAAAAAGUAACAGAGGAAUUCUUCCAUCAAGGAGAUGUUGAAAAAAAAUAUCACUUGGGUGUGAGUCCGCUGUGUGAUCGACAGUCAGAAACCAUUGCCAACAUCCAGAUUGGUUUUAUGACCUACUUAGUGGAGCCAUUAUUUACAGAGUGGGCCCGGUUUUCAAAUACCAGGUUAUCACAGACGAUGCUUGGUCAUCUGGGACUGAAUAAAGCUAGUUGGAAGGGACUGCAAAGAGAACAGUCAAGCAGUGGUGAUGAUACUGAUCCUGCAUUUGAGGAAAUGGACUCAGACGUAUUACCUCAGGAAACUCGAUUGUCCUGACUCCAGAAUCCGUAUGACAAAAUUGCCUCUGCAAUUGUAUCUGCACAAUGGGGUUUGAGGAGAAACUUGUUAUAACUGCUCAAGGUUCAGUGUAAAUGAUGCCAGCAUUAUUUAUUUCCAAGUUUUCCUUUACAGAUCACUUGAACCCAAUUUUUAAUUACAAGAUUGGAACAUAGAGCAAUAUGCAUAUGCCUCAGUUGGCUUUUGUUUGGAACCUUGAAUAUGCAAAGCACAGCAGUGACUGAAUCUUGAAGGAACAGUACAAGAAGUUUCAUCAUGGUGCCACGUGGGUUUUUUAAAAAAGUUUGAAAUAAGGUCUUCAGAACUAAGACUUGAUAUGAACUAUUUCAUUUUCUUGGGAUUUAGCAAGUCUUGCAUAAACAUGUUCAAAGCAUACCUUCCACUCAGUCCUUGUUUAAAAUAUGGAAAUGUGAAGUGCCCAUCCUCUGCUGCCUCUGGCAAGACUUGAUGUUUACAAAUGUACUCUGAAACUAUUGGUUCUAGACUUAUCUUUACGCAUGGCUGUGAAAGAACCACUAACUUUGGUUUUCUUUUAGAAAAACAGAAAAAGAAAAAAAGGUCAAAUCUGAGACUAAAGCUCUUUUUCCUUUGGAUGCCAGAAAAGACUCCAUUUGUCAUUAUUUUGUUUGUGCACUGGGAACUGAGCGUUCACCAUAGAGCACAGCCAAGCUUUUCUCCAGUGCUGUAUGGGAAUGCAAUUUUUGA